GCUCGGCUCAAGGACGCGAUCGAGGAUCUCGCUCUCGGCACCUCCGGCUGCGCGAGUCAUGGAGGUCAGGAGCGGGCGGCUGGUCCGGCCGACCUCGAGAGGGGCUUCCAGGCCUUCCACCCCGGCGAACGGGGAAGUGACGGGGGGCCGCCUGAUGAGGCCUCGUUCUCCCUGAGCAGCUCAGACGAGGGUCUCAUUGAUCCGUGGCCCGGGCUCGCCUCCACGGACGUCGAGCCCGACAGCUUGGACGACGGCCUCGUCGAUCCGUGGACGGGCCUCGGCUUCCGCGACGUCCCGCCGGUCACCCCCUCAGACGAGUCGCGCGCGGCGAACGCGCUGCUGGGCGACCUGGAGCCGAGCCACCUCACCUUCCUGCAGGCCCACCGCGUCAGGAAGGGGACCGCCCGGCACCUGACGAAGGAGUGGGAGGAAUUCCAGCAGUGGUGCUUGGAGCGGGGGCUGCCCGUCGAGCUGGGCGACACGCUGGAUUGGGCCGCGGCCCUGUACGCGGACUGGCUCUACUUCGCGGGCUACAACCACGAGCGCGGCGACAAGAUGCUGGCGUCCAUCGGCUGGCACGACCCUCAGGCUGUUCGGCACGGGCCAAGAGAUCCGGUCCGGCUUCGGGCGGCCCUGAAGGGGUUUCGCCGGCUGGCCAGAGGGUGCUCUCGCACCCCCAUGCCGGAGCCGCUGCUGUUCGCGAUCAUCGGCGUCAGCCUCCACUUCGCCCCGCUGGAGUUCAGCCUCGCUCUCGCGAUCGCGCGGGACGGGGCGCUGCGGGCCCCGGUCGACCUGAUGAGCAUGACCGGCCGCAGCCUCGUGCCACCUGCGAGCGGAAGCCCCAACGGCUGCUGGGGCCUCCUCCUGUACCCAGAGGAGGGAACGGGCCGCAGCAGGGUGGGCGGCCACGACGAAGGCAUGCUCCUGGACUCCGCGGCGGCGCUGUCCAUCGGCGGGGUGCUGCGGCGGCUCAAUAAGGCCCAGACCGCGGACGACAGCGAGGUCUGGGGCUUCUCGGCGCACCAGUUCUCGCAGCGGUUCAAGGCCGCAGCCGAGGCCAUCGGUUGGCCGCGGCUCCACCCGUGCCAGAUCCGCCACGGCGCGGCCCGCUACCAGAAACACACCCGUUACUUGGCCGAGCUCGGGAAGGUGUCGCGCGAGCUCAGGGACUUCGCGAGCGACGUGGAGACCCACUUCAGCGGGCUCGUGACCGGUCGAAGGCCCCCACCGACCUGGGCCGCCGCCCCCAAGCGUCGGCGCGUCCAGCGGGGCGAGGCUCCGCUCUGA